AUGACUUCGAUUGUUACAGGGACUGUUCCUUGGCAUGAUGGCGAAGAGAGGAUGCACCGAUUGAUGCGGGUUCCUAGUAUGGACAACCCCGCAGUCCCAUUUCUCAGCGCCAACGGAGGCUAUUUCUUGACAAAGGCUCCUCUGCUUGCAGUGGGCACCGUUGACUCUCAAGGACGACCGUGGACUUCGCUGUGGGGCGGGAAAGCAGGCUUCGCUGGACCAGUUGCUGAAUCCAUCAUCGGGCUGAAGACCCUGGUGGACAGUACUUACGACCCCGUAGUCAAAGUACUGCUCGGCAGUCAGGCUAUCGAUGAAGCUGGUGCUUCAAGACAAUCGCCAGGAAAUAUGAUUUCGGGACUCGCGAUUGACCUUGAGUAUCGACGACGAUGGAAGCUUUUUGGUAGAAUGGUGGCGGGAUCCCUGGACGAAGAAUUGGGACAAGCACAGUUGGCUGUCCACAUCGAAGAGAGUCUUGGAAAUUGCCCCAAAUACAUGAACAAAAAGCAUGUAGUGCCUGUGCGGCCAGCUCCAACGCUAAUAUCUGACUCACCACAGCUUCCUGCAGCAGCCAUUGAGUUGUUGACCCGUACAGACACUAUCUUCGUGUCCUCCAGGCAUGGCACAUCUGAUAUGGACACAAACAUUCGCGGCGGGCCUCCUGGAUUUGUUCGAGUCGAGUCCAACAAUGGGAACGCAGUUCUCGUUUACCCAGAAUACUCAGGGAAUCGACUGUAUCAGACUCUCGGAAACCUGCAGACUACGCCUCUGGCCGGCUACGUGGUCCCGGAUUUUGAGACCGGAAAUAUUCUCUAUGUCACAGGACGCACGGAAGUAUUGGUGGGACAAGAUGCUGCUGCCAUUCUCCCACGAUCAAAGCUUGCGGUCCGCGUCACUGUCACAGCGGCAUUCUUCGUGGAGAGGGGACUGGCCUUUCGAGGCAACCCUGGUGAACCAUCCCCAUACAAUCCUGCCGUGCGAUACCUUUCCACGGAAAAGAACAUCCUCACUGAGGCGGAGAAAGAUACAGAUAUGUCUGCGACGCUGAUCAAGAAAGAAACAAUAACACCCAACAUUCACCGAUUCAGAUUCCGCUACAACAGCUCCAAGCCAAUCUCUUGGACUCCCGGCCAAUAUGCGACAUUAUCCUUCCAGGACGAGUUGGACAUGGGCUACAGCCAUAUGCGUGACGAUGACCCAGCAAGCCUAAACGACGACUAUAUCCGCACAUUCACAGUAUCCUCAUAUCCAGGCCGCGACCUACCCAGCAAUGAGUUUGAGAUGAUGAUCCGCCGCCACGGAAGCGUCACCAACCAUCUCUUCCGCACGAACGAGCGAGCGGGCCUCGAAGUCCCACUAAAAGGAUUUGGUGGCAGUUUUCAGAUCUCGACCCACAAUGGAUCCAUCGUGCCAUUCGUUGCGGGCGGCAUUGGAAUCACACCUCUACUUGCCCAGCUCCCCGAUCUAAAUGUUGCCCGGCUGCGCCUGUUCUGGUCGAUCUCAAUCGUUGAUAUAGGCUUGGUGGAAGAUACGUUUCAACGGUGGCCCGAUUUACCGGGAUCCACAACUAUCUUUGUCACGAGUCUGGACCCAGACGGCCAUCAAAUAAAGGUGAACACACUUCAUCUAUCUGGAGCACGGGUUGUGCGACGCAGAAUGCACGCGGGAGAUUUGGACCCAUUGCUGUCUGAAACGUGGUAUCUGUGCGCCGGCCGUGCAUUGAAGCAGACGGUAUUGGAGUGGCUCAAGGUAAAGCAGGUGGUUUAUGAAGAUUUUAACUAUUAA